CGCGCUGAAUCAUAAUACGCAAUGCUUUAUUUGUUUUCGUUCACAAAGCUUCCAUAAGUUUCUGUAGCCAUCUAUAUAGAUCCGAGCCAGUACCUUUCUCGAGUAUUCGACUGGUGAACUCUCGAAGAUUAUUUUAGGACACACAGCUAUUCGCAUUUCAGUCUUCAAUCUCACAGCACGACAGUGCCAUACGAGAUAAACGUAAUAAACAAAUUAAUUAAAGAAAUGGCCGAAGACGUGUGCCGCUAUGAUGUAUUAAAAAAUGAAAAAUACGGUCGUUAUUUAGUCGCCAAUAAAGAUUUGGAAUGUGGGGAGUUAAUUUUCACAGAUACAGCAAUAGCUGUGGGACCGAAACCAGAUACUCCACCUCUAUGCUUGGGCUGCUACUGUCCCGUCGAGAAUACUCUGUGUUCUCGCUGCGGCUGGCCAGUGUGCGGCGCCGAGUGUGAACAGUCCCCGCACCAUCUGCUUGAGUGCGAUGUGUUUACACAAGCGAAGGAGCGCUUCCAGUCAGUAGAAGAUUGGUCAGCGAGUUGCCCUCAACUUGACUGUAUUACCCCGCUGAGGUUGUUCUUAGCAAAAGAGAAGGAUCCAGAGAGAUGGGCACGGGAAGUGGACGCCAUGGAAACCCACACAGAGGAGCGACAGAAGCGAGCGACAUGGCGAGCCGACCAGAACAACGUCGUCGACUAUCUGAUAGACCGCUGCAAGUUGGGGGAGCGCUGUACUCGGGAAUUGUUGACGCGAAUUUGUGGGAUUUUGGAGGUGAACGCGGUUGAAAUUCCAUCGCGCGGUGGUUUCAGCGUCCGCGCGAUCUACCCUCGGCUGGCCAUCGCCGCCCACAGCUGCGUGCCCAACAUCGUUCACACCAUACUGCAGAGUGAUUACCAGGUCCAAAUAAGAGCAGCAGUUUCCAUCAAAUCGGGCGAACCCCUCCACCUCAGCUACACCCACGUGCUCUCCCCCACCAUCGUGAGGCGCGAACACUUGCUGGAGUCCAAGUUCUUCAGCUGCGAGUGUCCUCGCUGUGCAGACCCCACCGAGCUGGACACACACAUGAGCACCCUGAAGUGUAGCAAAUGCGACAACGGCGUCAUACUCGCUAGUAAUCCUUUAGACAACGAAGCGCCAUGGAACUGCACCGACAAAAAGUGCGGCUUCAAGACGUCGUCAGCUGCGAUGCGCAAGAUGCUGGCAGUGGUGCAAGCCGAGCUCGACCAGCUGGACGCUCUGCCACUCGGCCCCGAAGCAAUAGAAAUGAGGGAGGCAACCCUACGCAAGUACAAAUCCGUAUUCCACCCGUGCCACUCCAUGCUGCUGUCACUAAAGCAUGCGCUGGCGCAGCUGUACGGGCGCGUGGAGGGGUACACGCUCGACGAGCUGCCUGACCUCGUGCUAGAGCGGAAGAUAGAGUUCUGCCGGCUGGUACUGAAGACUCUAGACGUUAUAUCACCAGGGGAAAGUAGAAUGAGAGGUAUGAUGAUAUAUGAACUGCAUGCCCCGCUCAUGUACCUAGCGAGGAGCGAAUUCAGUGCUGGUCUGAUAUCUCAAGAGAAGUUGAAGGAGAGACUGCAGGAGCCCUUGCAAUGUCUCUCUGAUGCUGCGCGCAUCCUCGGCAGAGAGGAUCCACAGAGUCCUGAAGGCAUCACUGGCACCAUAGCUCACCAGUCUAUGGAGCAAUUGAAAGCCAGUAUCGAAUCUCUAUAGGCAAUGGCGUGCAUAAUUUGUAACCAGGGUAAGCACAUGGUGCUGUCUGCCUCAUCGGAAUCUGACCAGUAGUGGAGUAAUUAUAUAAUGUACCUAUCAUAAAUAUAUAAUUUAUGGUUAGAUGGAAUCAAAAUGAAUGUUGUUCGUCAUUUGUAGAUUAAGUAAGGUAUUUAUUCGUUAUUCCAUUUUAUAGCAAACAAACAUAUAAAAGACAAAUUGAAUUUUAAAUUAUAGAUUUUCAUGCUUAUUAUUUGAGACUACAAUAUAAUAUAAUAAAUAAAGGCCAAAAAAAUUGUGUGUUUGGAUUGAAGUUUCACUAAAAUCUAAAUAGUUCCACUUUCAAUUCUAAAUAAUUUCCACUGGCGUAGCAAUUUUUGUUCUAUCUAUGCCAAACGAACUUUUUUUAUUUGGUAGAUGCUGAAUAAUAUUAAGCUAAAGUUUACUUUAGCCUAACAGUAUUUAUAAGCCAUUUCUAGCAUGUCUUUAUUUUUUACUAAGAUUCUGAGAUACAAUCCUUUAUUUAUUUUCCCUACAUUUUUAAAUAAUCAA